AAAUGUUCCAAGAUGAUCGCUGUGUCGAUGUUUGAACUGUUAAAUAUUAGCGAGAGUUUCAGUCUUCUCGUAAUUUUAUGUGAAAUGUCUGACGAAAUUACCUGAAACGCAGUCACAGCCAUUUUGAUUACGUUGGCUUGUUCCGUGGUACUUAGCGAGUCCUUGUGACGUGUAUAUAAAGUAUUCAACAACGAUGGAGCAUGCACAAAUCCAGAAUGCAGAUGGGCCCCAAGUGAUGACCAUCAAUGGACAACAGUUGCAAGUAUUGCAGAUGAACACCUCUCCGCAUAUGGUUCAAGGUCCUAAUGGUCAACAGAUCAUGGUUCAUACAAUAGCAACUCCUACACAGACUAUUCAGAUUGGAACUCCUCAAAUUCAGGUAGCAGCUCCGAAUGGACAGCAGAUCCAACAACUUCAAGUCUUACCGAUUUCAAAUUUGCAAGGUGGAGGGAACAAUGUACAGCCAAUGCAGUUAGUUCAGACACCUGACGGCCAGACAUUUCUGUACCAACCGACUGCACAGGCUCAACCAUCCAUUGACCAACACCAAAUAAUUCAUCAACCUGCUGUUAUCAACUUGAAUGGGAAUCUUGUGCAAGUUGCUGGAGUGAGUAACGCCGUGCAGCCACAGCAGAUCGUCAAUCAACCUAAUAUCGUCAUGAUGGUGAAUGGCACUAAUAACACAAGCACAACAGCAACUCCAACAGAAGGUCCGGGAUCAUCAGCCGCUGGCUCUGAUGAAGAGCCUCUGUUGUAUGUAAAUGCUAGACAGUUCAAGCAAAUAUUAAAACGUAGAGCUGCAAGAGCGAGGCUUCAUGAACUAGGAAAAAUACCUAAAGAACGGCCGAAAUACCUGCACGAAUCGCGACACAGGCACGCGAUGAACAGAAUCAGAGGUGAAGGUGGAAGGUUUCACUCGGGGAGUAGGAAAAAUAUGGACAAUUCAGACCAGUCACAUCUUUCAGAAGAUCAGAAAGAUGAUAUUAAACCGGACACUGUCUCCAUCACAAUCAUACAGGAAGAUGAAACUCCAGAACAACAGCAGACGCAGUGGAGACGGCUGGCGCCGCACCAGCCGCUGCAGUCCACAUAGCACAUAGCCAUUGAAUACUUGAAGACUGAGUGAUGUGAUGACUGAACGGAUAACACUCAAGUGCCUCCAUCGAUACCUAUUUGUAUGCUGUGGUGGUUUGAAAAACAAUGCACAGAAAUGUGGUGAACAAAUCGUUUUUUAAUUACAUUAAGUUUUGUGUUAACAUUUACUAUUUAAAAUUAUUUUUGUAUAGUAAAUACUAUUUAAUCAUUUUUAAUAUUGUGUCGUGUAGUUCCAUAAAAUACAGUACCUACUAAGAAUUCCUGUACGAAAUAGUCAGUGAUUAGUUUUAAAUGUAAUAACAGUAAAGUCCUAAAUUACACGUUGUGUACAAUAAAGACCAUUAAUUUAGUUUAAUAGAAUAGAAAUCUAUUUUGUGGCCUUACUUUUUUUAUAAACAAUAAUUUAUGUUAAGGUGUAUUGUUGAAAAACAAGAGGCACUAAAAGUUGUUUUUUUUUGUGUUUACUUCUGUUUUAGUUUAUUUGAAUUAGAUCGUGCUAGAUGUAUUGUGCUAUUAUAAGUUUAGCUGUAAGGAAGGGGUUUAAAUCGUGAAAUUGAGCGAUUCAGCAUAUCAAUCAUUCGGAAUGCUAGGAAAAAUGUUAUUUAAAAAAAACAAACACAAAAGCUGUUUUUGUGUCAGCUGAUUUCACAAUUUAUGCAAUAUAAUUAUACGUUUACUUCAUAGCUGUUAUUGUUUUGUAAUCGUAAAUACAUAUUGUACGUGGAAGCCAAAGAAUGUGUGGGAAUGGAUAAUGUGUUUCACUCGGAUAAGUUGCAGGUUUGCAACUACUAUACGGACUUUGAACAAAGACACAUUUAUUUGUCUUUAUGAGAUUGACUGUUGUUGGAUAUUAUACGUUUUACUGAUGCGAAUCAAUUCAGAGUGCUCCGUUUUUUAAUACAUUUUGAGUAGUUCAUAUAUGUGGUCAAAGGUCCGUGUACCUAUUUAUUAAAAACAACUAAGAUAUAACUGUUGACAAAAACCAUGAGUGAUUUUUAAAAUAAAUGAAGAUUCACCAAUAUUCUUGUUAUGGACGUUGCUUAUGACCCAAGUUUUUUUUAUUUUUUUAUUUCUUAGAUGGGUGGACGAGCUCACAACCCACCUGGUGCUAAGUGGUUACUGGAGCCCAUAGACAUUUACAACGUAU